AUGGGGAGAGCGGGUUGGCUCCGGGUGGCCGCGGCGGCGGGCUGUGCGGCUCUGACGUGCGCGUUUGCGACGGCGCUGGUAGCGAGGAGGGUAGCGGCCUGGAGGCGGUGGCGCCGGGCAUUGGCCGUGGUGCGAGACUUCGAGGAGAGCUUCGCCACGCCCGCGGAGCGCCUGCAGCGGGUCGUCAACUCCCUGGCCAUCGAGAUGUUCGCCGGGCUCGCGUCCGAGGACGCGAGCAAGGUCCGGAUGCUCCUUACCUGCGUCGACUCGCUCCCGGACGGGAGUGAGGAAGGCAUCUAUUACGCCAUUGAUAUUGGAGGAACGUGCUUUAGAUUUUUGAAAGUCGAACUUGGUGCAGGGUCUACAAUCAUUAAUCAAAAAGUUGAGUAUCAACCUAUCAAAGAAGAAUUGACUAAAGGUACAAGCGAGGAAUUUUUCAAUGUCAUUGCCUCCACACUGAAGAAUUUUAUUGAAAGAGAGGGUGAUGAAGGAAGGGCACUUGGUUUUACAUUUUCUUUUCCUGUCAGACAACUUUCUAUAACCUCAGGGUCAUUAAUCCGUUGGACUAAAGAAUUUUCAAUUGAAGAAGCUGUUGGGAAAGAUGUUGCCCAGUGCUUAAAUGAAGCCCUUGUAAGGAAUGGACUAAAUUUACAGGUCAAUGCAUUGAUGAAUAAUACUGUGGGGACACUGGCUUUGGGGCAUUAUUAUGAUGAGGAUACAGUAGCUGCAGUGAUUAUUGGAGCUGGCACCAACGCUUGCUAUAUUGAGAAUAAUGAGGCGAUAACUAAAGGCCAGGGCCUUCUUACUAACUCGGGUCAAACGGUCGUAAAUGUUGAAUGGGGGAGCUUCCGCCCUCCGCAAAUACCAUUAACUCCUUAUGACAUCUGCUUCAAUAAUGAGACACAAAAUUACUAUGACCAGGGUUUUGAGAAAAUGAUAUCGGGUGUGUAUCUUGGAGAGAUUGCAAGAUUGGUGUUCCACAAAAUGGCUCAAGAGUCGGAUGUAUUUGGUACUGCUAUUGAUGGUUUAGCAACCCCAUUCAUCUUAAGCACGCCAUGUCUAGCUGCUAUCCGUGAGGAUGAUUCCCUGGACUUGAGAGAAGUCGGAAGGAGAAUGGAAGAACAUCUGAAGAUACCCAAUGUCCCUCUCAAGACUCGCCGGCUUGUGCAGAGAGUGUGCGACAUCGUCACCCGAAGAGCUGCACGUCUAGCAGCAGCUGGAAUUGUUGCAGUACUGCAAAAAAUCGGCCGUGAUGGAACGCGUUGUGGCACCACCCAAGUUCGAAGAAUGACAGGUGUGCCAAAGAGAUCGGUCAUCGCAAUUGAGGGCGGCCUCUACCAAGGAUAUUCAGUGUUUAGAGAGUAUCUGAAUGAAGCCGUGGUGGAGAUCCUUGGAGAGGAGAUUGCGCCCACAGUUGUCCUUAGAGUGGUGGAGGAGGGAUCUGGGAUUGGGGCUGCUCUCCUCGCAGCAGCAUAUUCGUCGAAUAGACAGGAGUCCAUAUAG